AUGCUGCAAGCUACGAUUGUCGAAAUGAAACAUGAUAUUCCACUAAAAAUCGAAUCGUCAAAAGAAAAGAAAAUGCAAGGACUUUCUUUUGUAAAAAUGCCAGGAUAUACCAAAGAUCUCUUCAUGAUCAACAUGAAUCGACGAUUAGCUGUACGAAAACUAUUGCAUAAUCGUCUAUCAAUCACAACUGAUGUCAUGUGUGCAAUUAGUAUUGUUAGUAUUAUUCUGAUGAUUAUUGCGAACGAGAUUGCUUUCAAUCAACCAGGAGAAUUCGAUACCGUUGCAGGCUGGUUUGUCAAGCUUAUCAUUACCAUCUUAACUGCUGUUCUUCUCAUUCUUGUUCUUGUCUAUCAUCGUCUUGAUCUUGAUCUUUAUUCUAUCAAUAAUUCGAUUGAUAACUGGUGUGUUGGACUGACACAUCAACGAUUAUUCAUAGUCGUCGCUGAACUGAUGAUUUGUGCAAUUCAUCCAAUGCCACGAUCGUNUGACAUAGUCCUAUUUUGA